CAGGUAUCUGUGAUGUGUGAGUUCUAAUGGAAGGUGACAGUUAUACAUUUGUUGGACAUUCUCUUAGUGGAUGGCUGCUUUGAUAAGAAAUCAGCCUGAUAUCUACACAGUGUUUCAACAAUGAAAUUUGCCAUAGAUGUUAUUUGCGAACAAUCAAAAUGAAGGGCAAUCCAGGAUGGAAAGCAAUAACUUUUUUCCUCAUUGUAAUGUUCUGUUUUGGAAUGUGCUGGUUCCUACACAUGGAACUUUACAUGCAAAGAUCAUAUCCCAGUGUUCACGAGAUGUGUAUUCCUGGUGAUGCAGCAUCCAAGGCAAAGAUCCUGAUUAGCAAUUACUCAAGGGAUCAUCCUGUCUUCCUACAACUGAGUGAUUAUUUUUGGGUAAAAAACAAGUCUAUAUAUCGGCUGCCUUAUGGCACAAAUGGAAAUGAGGAACUGCUGAUGAAAUUUCUGGCUCUCACAAAUCACUACCAAGUACCAGAGGAGAUCAGACGACUGCCAUGUCGGAGAUGUGUGGUUGUUGGUAAUGGGCACCUUCUAAAAAACAGUUCAUUGGGAGAAACUAUCAAUAAAUACGAUGUUGUGAUCAGGUUAAACAAUGCUCCAGUCCAUAAAUAUGAAAAAGACGUGGGCAAUAAGACCACUAUGCGCCUUUUCUACCCAGAGUCUGCUGAUUUUGAUCCUCAGCUUGAUAACAACCCAGGCACUCUGUUGGUGUUGGUGCCAUUCAAGCCUCUAGACAUCCAGUGGAUGAAGAUAAUCUUAAACAAUGAGAAAAGGGUCCGUAAAGGUUUUUGGAAAAUGCCUCCUAUCAUUUGGGAAGUAGAAGCUGAAAACAUUCGCAUCUUAAACCCAUAUUACAUGGCAGUUACUGCUAUACAGAUUCUUAAAUCUAAAAAAAUCACAGCGAUACCCACAACAGGGAUGUUGGCCAUCACAUUUGCUCUUCACUUCUGUGACAUGGUUCACAUAGCCGGUUUUGGCUACCCUGCACUCACCAAUAAAAAGCAACCCAUUCACUAUUAUGAGAAGGCGACCCUGAAGUCUAUGGCUGUGUCUGGGCAUAACAUUACCCUGGAAGCUCAAGCAAUAAAACGUCUUCUUCAGCAAGGGAUUAUUUCCAAUUUGACUUACUUUUAAAUGUGUUAAUCUUACACUUUGGUCUUUUGGAGAAUGUAAACCUUUGGCAAUACCUACUACAGACUUAAGGUAGAUUCUGUAAUGCCAUGGAGUAUAUGAGGACAGAAUCCAUAGAAUGUCCCCGGUGGAUACGUUUGUAAUCACUGUUAGAGAUGUCGCGAA